AGUGCGAACACACAGAUGGACUCAAAAACUCACACAUUUGCAGAUUGUUUACCAAAUUUUUCGAGUCUAAUUGAAGUGAUCGACGGAAUCCAGGUGGUCGCUGAAGCUUUGGCUGCUUUUCAGACGCACACUGUUGAAAAUAUGGUGUGUCCAUCUACCCUAGUUGAUGGGAGCGCCUUACCCAGUGCAUGCCGUUCUGCGCACUACGAACGUACCCGUAAACGUUGCUUUUUGUACGGCACAUCAAUUACGCCAGCUGGAAUCGCCCAGUACAUACCCAACGAAGAUGGCAUUUACUUCGAAAAGCUUUGCGAAAUUCAAAUGAAAUGCAACGAAAUGAUGCGCCGAGUGCCGCAAUAUGUGCUUGUCGGGCAUGCAACUGCUGUCGUGGAUGCGCCCUCACAUAGCCAGUGCGUCGAAGCGUGUCUGCGUUCGAUGGUAAGUUAUGCUUUAGAUAAAAAGGUUGGUCUGAGUACCACACGCUGUGGUGCUGCUACAGUGAGCAAAAACGCAUAUUGUCGAGAGGUCGUCCGUGUGUGUGUAUGCGUGUUUUCGGAAGCGAGUGGACUUUUUCACUUACUUUCAACUCAGUAG